UGGUAGGAGGGUACCACUGAGUCUGUUGAUCGCAUUAUUUUCCGAAUGUUUCAUGGAUUCCCUGACUUUUUGUUCUUCAGUGAGGGAGGGGAGUCUGGACUGAAUGUUUUAGAUUUCGGCGGUCAUCUUUUGGAAAAAUACAUUUCGGUUUAGGCUCGGGUUGAUACUGAAAAGAGAGUAGGCAAUAGCCUAUUCGUCCUGGAAAAACGGCAGUCGGCGGUGGACAUUUUUUCCCCUUUUGUAUUUCCAUGCGCGUUGUGGAUUUUGGAUACUGGCUAACUUUUGCCCCAAGUUUAAACCACUAGCUAGCCUUCACAAUGUGCGAGUAGUGGGCUAGCGGGCUGUUUCCUUCUUCUAUAUUGCAUUUAAUCGAAUCAUACAUUUUUUGGUUUUACAUACAGGAAGUGAAUCCAUGCAUCAAGAAAACUUGGCCAGACAAAAGACAACUUUUGAGAAGACAUUGUACAUGGGGCGACGGACUAUAAUGCAUGUCAACUAGAUGGCUACAUAUGAGUGGAUGCAAACAAGCGUUUUUAAAUAAGAUUAUCUGUACACCAUCGUUCUGGGGAGAAGAAUUCCUCAUGUGGAUUUAAACCACUUUAAGGACAGUAUUUUUCGGGACAAUAUAUGUGAGAGAAAGCGACUCACCAACCUACCUGGUAUUUAGAGAAGACCCUGAGGAUGACGGCCAAGCGGAGCCUGCUUGUGCGGCUGGUGCCCUGCCGGUGUCUCCGGGGCGAGGAGGAGGUAGUGACUGCCCUGGACUACUCCCACUGCAGCCUGGAGCAGGUGCCCAAGGAGAUCUUCAGCUUCGAGAAGACCCUGGAGGAGCUCUACCUGGACGCCAAUCAAAUCGAGGAGUUGCCCAAGCAACUGUUCAGCUGCCAGACGCUCCAUCGACUGAGCCUGCCGGAUAAUGACCUGGCAGUAAUACCGGCAGCGCUGGGCAACCUUAUCAAUCUCAAGGAACUGGACGUCAGCAAGAACGGUAUUCAGGAGUUUCCAGAAAAUAUCAAGAACUGCAAGGCCUUAGCCAUUGUUGAAGCAAGUGUAAAUCCCAUCUCCAAGCUCCCGGAUGGAUUCACACAGCUCAUCAGCCUUACCCAGCUCUACUUGAACGACGCCUUCCUGGAGUUUCUCCCGGCCAGUUUUGGCAGGUUGACCAAACUGCAGAUUCUGGAGCUCAGGGAGAACCAGUUGAAGGCAUUGCCAAAGAGCAUGCACAAACUCACCCAGCUGGAGAGACUGGACCUUGGCAGCAACGAGUUCACAGAGAUGCCAGAAGUUCUGCCGCAGCUGACAGGAAUGAAAGAGCUCUGGGUGGACGGGAACAGACUGACAUCUCUUCCGAGGGCGAUUGGAGCCCUGAAGCAGCUGACCUAUUUGGACGUGUCGAAAAACAACAUCGAGAGGGUGGACGAGCAGAUCUCCGGCUGUGAGAAUCUGCAGGACCUUCUCCUGUCCAGCAACGCUUUGUCCCAGCUUCCAGGAUCUAUAGGCUCCCUGAAGAAAUUGACCAUGCUGAAAGUGGACGAGAACCAGCUCAUGUACCUGCCGGACUCAAUAGGCGGGCUCACGGCGUUGGACGAGCUGGACUGCAGCUUCAACGAGAUGGAGGCGCUCCCCUCCUCCAUCGGGCAGUGUGUGAACCUGCGCACGUUCGCUGCAGACCACAACUUCCUCACCCAGCUACCUCCAGAGAUCGGGAAGUGGAAGACAGUGACUAUACUGUUUCUGCACUCUAACAAGCUGGAGACCUUGCCAGAGGAGAUGGGAGACAUGGACAGACUCAAAGUCAUUAAUCUUAGUGACAACAGGCUGAAGAACCUGCCGUUCAGCUUCACGAAGCUGAGCCGGCUGACUGCCAUGUGGUUAUCCGAAAACCAGUCAAAGGCACUCAUUCCCCUGCAGAAGGAGGAGGAUCAGGAAUCCCAUAAGACUGUGCUCACCAACUACAUGUUCCCACAGCAGACAAGGACAGACGACUACAUCCCCGUCUCUGACAACGAGAGCUUCAACCCCUCCCUGUGGGAGGAGACGCGUAAGCAGAGGGCCCAAGUGGCUUUCGAGUGCGACGAGGACCAGGAUGAGCGGGAGGCGCCCCCGCGGGAGGGCAACUUGAAGCGCUACCCCACCCCGUACCCCGAGGAGCUGAGGAACAUGGUGAAAACAGCCCAGAACAUUGCCCACAGGCUCAAAGAGGAGGGAUCGGGGGACGAGUCAGACAGAGAGUCCAAGCCCCGAGAUGUAGGACUGCAGGAUGUAGGAGUCAAGGUAAUUGAAAACACUGAGGCGAAUGAAAAGACGGAGGAUGUGGAUCCAACAGCAGCUACGAACAGCGUCGAAACCCCCAGUCCGCCCGAGCCCACGGCCAUGCCAGACGCCCAAACUGUACAAACCUCCCCACAGACCCCCGACAACAGGACAGCAGCCAGUCCUGAACGGGAUCUUACGGAGCCUGUGGAGUCAGAAAAGGAGGAGAUGAAGAUGGCGGAGAUGCGACCUCCUCUGAUUGACAGCACCAACUGCCAACCCAAGGUGGUGACGCUCAACAAGGACAAGAAAGAUGACGGUAAAGAUGCAGACUCUCUCCUUGAUGAAACAACGACCAACAGUAACCAAAAUAACAGUAACUGCUCCUCUCCCUCGCACAUGUCCGACACUGUGUCGAUGACCACGGACAGCAGCCAGGACAUCUCCGUCUGUACACCAGAGAUGGAGGCUAAGACGCCCGUCACACCUCAGUGCAGGCUAGAGGAUGAAAAUCAGAACCAGCUGGAGGACACGACACCCCUCCUGCAGAACGGGAACGGAUCCGACGCCUCGCCACAGCCCGCGGUGAAAAGCCAGCAGGACUACGAGUCGAGCUCAGAGAAGACGGGCGAGCUCGAGCAGGCCACCGAGGAGAGGAUGGCGCUCAUCGACGGGGUGGUGGACCUGAGCAACGGCGUGGGAGACCCCUACAGCAGGUGGGACUGCGUGAACAUGAACGUUUCCCAGCCGCUGCCAGACAACGGACUGCAGCUCCGCAGCCUGGGAGAAACGGCGGACAUCUACGCGACGGGGGACCUUCAGCAAGGGACGGCUGUGGACAACAACAACGACGGUCCGGCACAGGUACAUCUUCUCAUUGGAAACCAAGCCCAAAAACAAAUGUUCGUUCAACACGUCAACGGGCACGUGGACGAAAUGCCAAAGUUUGAGGUCGUUCAGAGGGCCAAGGUGGAUGUCGCGUCUAGCGGCGAGUUGCCACUCUCUCAAAAGGCAGAGGAUCUCUCCACCCAGAAAAAAGGGAUCCCAAAUCCUGUGGUCAAGUCUCAAAGUGACACGAACAUGCAGGCAGGAGGGGUGAAGGUCAGUAGCUUCGAUGGUGCUGUCGGAUCAGACAAGACGCCUGUGACUGACACUGGAGCCCAGGGCCAGAGCAUCGCGCGAAGCAACUCCGCCUCCCUCCUGGACGACUAUGGUGUCCAGGCCUACCCAGGAUCCUUUAUGGCCUCGCCAGACCUCAUGCCCGCGUCCACGGCCCCGGUCAGGUACGAUGCCAGCACAGGGAGGGUCUCAGUCCCCACCAACAUGCCUCCACCCCAGUACAACAUCCAGUACACCACGAGUGCCGUGCCCACCGACAACCUUUGGGCGCAGAGGACUCCGGUUCCCCCAGACCAAAUGUACCUCCCUCCCCACCACUCCCUAGCCAACACCAACUACUCCAACCGCAACAACGCCCCGCCUUACCUCCACCCGCCACAUCAGCGGGCUGCCCCGAGGCCCGUGGACGCCUGGGGCAAGGAGAGGUACUCGAGGGGCUCCGUUCAGAGGCAGAACAGCACCUCUUCCACCGCCUCCAUGACCUACCAGGACCCCCGCCGCCUUCACAUGCACGAGGGGGAGUACAUGACCUACUGGGAGAUCCAGGCCAUGGGACGGGGACCCCCGCAGAUGGUGCCGCGGGGGCAGCGGCCGCUGUCGGCCCGCACGUACAGCAUGGACGGCUGCAGGCCGUCCCGUCCGCAGAGCGCCCGCCCGUCCGGCCGCGAGGGGCCCGAGAGAACCAUGUCGGUCGGCGAGUUCAGCUACCAGCGCCCCAGCCCCAGGAAGUGGCCCGCCCCACGCGUGAAGUCCGAGGACUCCUUGCUUGACGGGGCGGCCAACGACAGGGUGCCGGUCGACUGGAGGGAUAAGGUGCCCUACGCCAACGGACAAAUGUGCCCCAGAGGGCGACCCCAGAUGCCAGAAGUGCGCAAUCCUUCCCGGGAGCAGCUGAUAGACUACCUGAUGCAGAAGGUUUCCCAGCAGCACCCGGGAGCUCCCUGCCCGCCGCACGAGCUGAUGCAGCAGGAGGUACGUGUGAAGAUUGAGAAGAAUCCAGAGCUGGGCUUCAGUAUAUCAGGAGGGGGAAGAGGCAAUCCCUUUCGUCCAGAAGAUAAUGGAAUAUUUGUGACAAGGGUCCAGCCAGAGGGACCUGCAUCCAAAUUCCUGCAGCCGGGAGACAAGAUUUUACAGGCAAAUGGAUACAGCUUCAUGAACAUUGAUCACGGCCAAGCGGUCUCACUGCUAAAGAAAUUUCCCAGCACUGUGGAACUGAUCAUUGUCAGAGAAAUACCUGUAUAGCAGCAAGAGGAAGGAAAGGUCCAGGUUUUUUUUAGAAGAGACUAAAAUUGAGAAAAAUGGAAUACAUUUAAAAGAGGAACACAUUUGCUUUAGUACUGUUCUACAAAGGGCAGCCAGGUUUUUAAGCAGUAUUGGAACUGCGGAGAACAAGACUGGAGCUUUGGGAAUGGGUACCAGUGAAGAGCGGACAGGCCUGGUGUACGGACACUGCCUUCAUCGCUGGACCCGCAUUUUAUUUUUUUACCACGGUUGCCAGUAAAAUGGUGGACUUCUUUUUUAAAAAGAAAAACAAAUGUAGUGUGUUCUGUACAGACUUGUAGAUUUUAUCUUUGGAAAUAUGUCUUGGACAUUGAAUACAACAUAUAUAUUGCUGUUAAGUCUUUAUGGUAGCUAGCCACUAGGGGGCAGAGCUAAUUGUUUGUAACAGUCUGUUUGCCUUUUUUUUCACUGAAACCAGGUCUUCUCUGUACAAAACAACUGUACAUUAAGACAAGGGGGAAGUGCUAAUGUAGUGGCAGACUAAAGUCUUCAUUCAUUUCACCUGUUUGAAUUCAAUCCUUUUGUUGCCAAACCUGGCAGCGAAGGUUCUUUGAACAGACUCUGAGCAGCUGCGAGCAGCCGGAUGCUUAUCGCGACCACAUCAGGAUUGAAGAUUGAGUUCUUAACACACUGGGGGGACAUAUCGAGUACUUUGAUUCAUUCUGCGGGCUGUGCCCCACAUACGCUAUGAACCACUGAUAUGUAACACAUGUUCCGAAGUACUUCCCGUUAAAACAACCUCUACGUAUUCAUGUCUCGUCCUGGCUCUGAAGACGCUUCUGAUCUCGACCCACAGAAUGCGAUAAACGAUCUCCGUAUGUGAGACGCGGGUUAUCGAAGGUGUACUUAGAGACGGGAGAUAAGAGACAGUGCUCAGGCUUAAUUUGUCUCACUUGUAGAAUGCAAAGACAGGAAGAUACAUGCGCUAGGUAACCAAAGCAAGUACUUAGGUGGGCACAGAAGAAGGCAGCAAUAGUUCACAAAGGACUUCAAUCGAAUCUCCCAUUGCCAACUAGGAAGCUCGUAAUCGCUCAUCAUUCUCUGAAUUCUUCUGCACAUUUUAAUCAGUAUUGUACAUAUGGUCGACAUACCUGCACUUCGUUGGUUAAAUCAGCAUGUUCAUUGAAAUGGUGGGGGUUUUAAAAAUAUCUUUCAUGCAGGAAAAACAUUUCCAGUUUUAAUGUUUUCUCUUAGCGUGAACAAGGCCAAGAAAUGGAGUGUGACAUGUCAUACACGUGGAAUUCUGUGAAUAAGGUUCUGCUAACUGCCCUGUGAUAAGAGCGAUAUUCACUGUCAUGCAGCAACUGAGAGCAAAUCUUAUUCACAACUGAUAGUUUGCGGCCUUUAUUCAGAGAAAAAUAUCACCAUGCGGUGAGAUUACAAUAAGUACAUUAUAAUUGUACAUAGUUUUAUACUGGUCUUUUUUAAUGAUUAAAAUAUGAUAAAUCAGUCAGUUUUUUCAUUUGAAUAUGGAAUAUGAAUUUUUCACGGUAUUAUUAUGUCUGAGACGCCCACUAAUUUUGACAUAAAACAUGCAACCAAUAGAAAUCAGGUCUCAUUACCGCAUUCACCACACCAGAUACUGACAAAUUGAGUGGCAGUUAAUGCUGGGUGCAGACCUUCAACUGCUGGGAUGAAAGUGUUAAUUUGAGUGUGUGCCAAGUAAAACUAAUUUUAUGUGUCAUUUUGAAUAUAUAUUUUUACUAAAUAUGCUUUUAUGACUCAUACUAUGUUUAAAUUCCCUUAGAGCAGUUUGACAAACAUUCAAGAGUCACACUGAAAAAGCUCAACUGGUGGUUCAUCUAUUAAUGUUGUAUUAUUAAUGUUUCAUUCAAAUACCCAUGUAAACACAGCUGGGGUGCUCUCUAUGAACUGUUAUUUCCAUUCUUGUUUAUCAUUUCAAUUAUUAAAUUAAAUCAGCAUUAAUAUAUCAUUAAUUCACUAUUUGUCAUGACACAACUGCUAACAUUCCUUCAAUCAAAUCAUCUUGGUGAUCUCUUGCGGUUUAUAAAAACAUAUGUAGAAAACGUUUGUUGGGAUAGGUUGUUUGAUUUGUACUUUUUUAUUUGAUAUUAUCCUACAUAGAACAGACAGACCAUAUACCUACUUGGGGAAAGAUCUUUUGGAAAUUCAAAGCUUUUAAUUUCUCUGGGUUUUUCUGUUACUUUAUCACCUGUCACUUUUGGAUCAAUGUAAUAGUCCCUCUUCUUUAAAGAUGAUGAAAAUUGAUGUCUUAUUGUAUAAUGUCUACAGUCAUUGAGCACUACAGUACAUGCCUGAUACAUGACAACUGUGAAAAGGAACCUUGUGAGGUCUCCUGCUUUAUAUUUACAGCAAAGAGCCCAUCUAUGUUUUACAUCAACAUGUAAUUUAGGAAUUAGAACUGUGCUCAUCUAACAUUCUUAUUUCAUGUCGUUUUAAAACCACUUUAUUUCCCCUUAAGUUGCCACAUUUGCUUUUUAUAUUUAUUUUUUCUAUCCGCUUCAUCUCUGUGAUUAUUUUCUGUGAUAGAAAAUACUAAUUAAAGUGUACAUACUUUUAAAUUAUGAGAUAAACAUGGUAUUAGCAACAUGACUUUCUAAAACCUAAAUUGCAAAAACUGAAAACAUUUUUUUUUUAACUUAAAAUGAUAAAAUGAAACUAUAUGCAUUACUCAACAUUCCAGACUUUGUUUAAAUUCACUCUAAUUCUGACCUAGUUGUACAAUGUGAAAUAAACUAAUGCUCUUGGACAUUUGG